GAGCGCGGGCUUACACAAGAUCGAUACUUUGCACUUUUGCAUUUCUCGAAUGAGCGAGAAAGUGUAGCGUCUACUUGAAGCAGGGAGUAACUAUAAGAAAGAAGACAUUAUUCUUUACUUCUCUUAUAGUUCUUAGAGGGAUACCAAGCUCUUUGGGCAAUGUUAGCAUCAUCAUCAUCAUCUUUGUCACCAUCAUCUUCAAGUCACAUGACCUCAAGUCCCAGCAUUUCAAGUGAUGAAUUCAUCUUUAAUGUCGAACAGUCGUGGGGUGUUGCGUCCCUACGUCAGUGUGCUGGUUUCCCGGGCCAUAAUCUCAAUAAGGACCAGAAGAAUUCCUAUAUUGCACCCCUUGGUCCCUUAAUUGUUGAAUGGGAUAUCCAAUCAAAGAGUCGAAUCACCAGCUUCCAGGCUCAUAAUGACUUGGUGAUAUGUUUAUUGUACAAUGAACCAAAGGACGUGGUCCUUAGCAUUUCAUAUGGCGGUGAGAUCAAGUUGUGGGAUAAUAAAUGGAAUAAUGUACUCAGUACAAAUACAACUUUUGGGUUAACUCACUUUGGGGCGUGGUCAAAUAGUGGUGAGAGAUUUCUCAUUUGUGGAGGCCACACCUCACUGGUAGCGAUGUAUGAGCUCAGAGAAAAACAAGGGAAGCUUGAUGUUGCUUUGUUAUGGAUCCAGAAAUCAGGGGAGGAAGGUGUGAUGCGUAAUACUCCAUUUGGAGAAGUUAAUGCUACUGAUACCAGACCUAAAGAGAGUGGAAAUGAUAGUGUGACAUUUGUCAAGCAGCAUGACUGGUACGAUUUAGCAUUGUUUAACUCACAGGACUACAUUAUAGCGAUACUGCAAAGAGUGAAUAAUACUUUAAGUGAAGUCCACCUUUUAAAUCCCUCAGGCCAAGUCAUUAAAUCACAACCACUUGAUCCUAUCGGGGACACUAAGGCAUCUGUGAUGUGCAUGACGCACUGCAAGAGAGGGGUAUUCGCAGUUGGAUUUCAGGGUGGAAUCUUCCUGAUUCUUGAUGAGAAAGAACUUGAAGUAAAAUCUGUGCUUCAAGCGAUGGGGUCGCCACAAGUUGCACUAUGGGAUGGAGAUUAUUUACUUGCUGUUUCGUACCUAUCUGGAAUUAUGUCAUGGUGGUCUAUCAAUGGAGAAUUAGUCCAUGAGCUCCAUGGGGCACCUUGUGAUUCAAUUGUUCAUCUGAAUUGGGCUGUCAAAAAUGAACAGCGUAAAGCUAUUUGGUUGGGAGGAAUAAUGUCACUCAGUUAUAUCACACUCGAGUAUGCCAAAGACUCUAAAUUUCCAAUAAAGAUAACUGAAGCCCACCGACUUAAAUACCACGAGGUCACUGGCUGUGGCCUAGACAUGAGUGACAGCAGUCUCAUAGCAUCUGGUGAUCUUACUGGAAAUAUUUUCAUCUGGAAAAUUGGCAACAGUCAGCAGCUGUACAAGCUAAAACAUGAUGCUGCUGUACGAUGCCUUGCCUGGCGUGGCCAGGAACUGCUCAUUGGCUGUUUAGAUGGUCUAAUACUCAAGUGGAAUAACGAAAAUAUUCCAGCAAACGAAAUUCCAGGAACAGGUGUCAUUCCAAGAAGUGAGUUAAACGUCUGUUUAGUUUGCACCAGUGGGGUGCUAACGAUGAGGUGGUCCAGGAAUUAUCUCGUCAUUGGUCUGGACAGUGGUGAACUUCUUGUCUACAGGUUUCAGACUGAUAAGUUGGACUCUUUUGAAGAAGUGCUGAAAUUCUGUGCACACUCCUUAGAAGAAGGGCAAAGACAAGCAGAGAUCUGGUCAGUGUGUUGGAGUCCUUGUGGUGGGAUGGUGGCAUCUGCAUCAGAAGACCAGACCACAUGUAUAUGGAGUGUACUUACUGGUGAGAAACUCCACACCUUAAGAGGCCACACCACAGCAGUCACAUCAGUUGACUGGAAACAAAUGUGUGAUGGUCCAACCAUCCUGGCCACGUGUGCUGACGACAGGACUGUCAGAGUGAUUGACAGCGACACAUUCACCCUCCUCCACGCCCUCAAGCUGAAAGACGUCCCAGGGUGGUACACCCUAACAUACCUGAGCCUCUAUCCUAUUGGUCAGCAGAUAGUCUGCUCAACACAGAAUGGGCGCCUGGCAUUGUGGGAUUGCUCCAAUGGGAAGUUACUGGAGUGCCGCAAGGUGCAUUGUGGUUCAAUUGAAGGUUUGGUUUACAGUAAGGAUUACAAGUUAUGUGUGACUGUAGGUUCUGAUUGUGUUGUGAAUCUGUUUUCAAUACAUCUCUAAUUCAAACUUUAGGUCAAAGGUUUUGGUCCAGAAUGAAUAUGAAGUUUGUUCAGAAUUAAAUGUUCAGUUAUUUUUAAGCAUAAGUUAAACAAUUAGAAUUAAAAUUAAUUUUUUCCCCUUUCUGCCUGAAUGUUACUAGCUGCUUGGUUAAAUAACUGCUGUGAAGUUGAAAAAAAAAAAUGAUAGCAAACUGCUGUUUCACUACAGAUAAAGUAGAGCAGUGAAUUACUGUUAACUAUUCUUGCCUUAAAUGAUCAGAGAAAAUAUUAGUUGUUGUAAUGUACAUUAGAAAAUUAUUGUGAAUGAUUAAAGGCUUGUAUCAGCU